AUGCCUGCCCCUCCAUUUGAAGCAAAGAAAGGUUUGAGACAAGGUGAUCCUAUGUCCCCUUUUCUUUUUGCUAUUGUUAUGGAAUACCUAUCCAGAUGUCUCUACGAGCUUAGCUUGAACCCUGAUUUGAAUUUUCACCCUAGAUGUGAAAAACUUUGCCUAACUCAUAUGAUGUUUGCUGAUGAUUUGCUUAUGUUUUCUAGAGCUGACAGUGAGUCUGUUAAGCUUCUUUUUCAUGCCUUUUAUAAGUUUUCUAAAGCUUCAGGUCUCUCUGCUAAUCUUGAUAAAAAUGAAGUCUAUUUUGGUGGUGUUUUUGUUGAUAUUCAGACUGAGCUUAGAGAUCUUCUUGGGUCUCUCAGGGCUCUAUUCCCUUCAAGUAUCUUGGUGUGCCCCUUUCCUCUAAGAAGCUUACUAUUUCUCAGUGCUCAAAUUUUCAUUUUGCCUAAGAAGAUCAUGAAGGAGAUUGAAGCUAGGUUCAGAUGUUUCCUCUGCACUGGCUCUUCUGCUCCUGCUAGGAAGUCCUUAAGUGUGAGGAACAGUGUCUGUCUUCCUAAAGUUUAUGGUGGAUGGAAUCUAAUUUCUCUCCCUAAGUGGAACAAAGCUGCUAUCACAAAGCUUCUUUGGGAUAUUGCUCAUAAAGCUGAUAAUUUAUGGAGAUGUGGUGAAUGA